AGCGGCGUCCCAGCGGGUGUCUGUCACCAGAUCAGCAUCAUCAGCAGCCCGCUCCUUCUGAAUCCAGUCCGACCUGUAAAACACUGACUUGGAUUAUUCAUUCUUUUGUGUUAUCCAGGGUAGCGCACAGAGAGAGCAGCCAUGUCUCAUGGAUGGGGAUACGGACCAGCUAACGGACCUGAAACAUGGGGAGAAGAAUUUCCAGUAGCUAAUGGGCCCAGACAGUCUCCCAUCGACAUUAUCCCUAAGGACGCCCAGUAUACCCCCUCUCUGAAAGCUCUGAAACUCAAGUAUGACCCCAGCAACUCCAGGGGCAUUCUCAACAAUGGACACUCCUUCCAGGUGGAUUUUGAGGAUGACGGCGACACUUCCACCCUGACUGGAGGUCCUAUUUCAGGAACAUACCGUCUGAAGCAGUUUCAUUUCCACUGGGGAGCAAGUGAUGACAGAGGCUCCGAGCACACUGUCAACGGAAUCAAGUUCCCCUGUGAGCUUCAUCUGGUGCACUGGAACACCAAGUACCCCAGCUUUGGAGAGGCAGCUAGUCAGCCUGAUGGACUGGCUGUGGUUGGGGUCUUUCUGAAGAUUGGUGCUGCCAAUCCCAGGCUGCAGAAAGUUCUGGAUGCUUUGGAUGCUAUUAAGACAAAGGGAAAGCAGACCACCUUUGCUAACUUUGAUGCAAAGACGCUUCUUCCCAGCUGUCUGGGUUAUUGGACCUAUGAUGGUUCUCUGACCACACCCCCUCUUUUGGAGAGUGUCACCUGGAUUGUCCUGAAGGAGCCAAUAAGUGUCAGCCCUGCUCAGAUGGCAAGGUUCCGCGGCCUCCUCUUCUCUGGAGACGGAGAGGCUCCAUGCUGCAUGAUGGACAACUACCGGCCUCCUCAGCCUUUGAAGGGCCGUCAGGUCCGCGCUUCCUUCAAAUAAACUCUGCAUCAUUUACAUAGCUUCAUCCCCCCUUUGUUUUCAUUCCCCAUUUCCAUACUCCCACUGCUCUCCACAUGCAAGCUAAACUUAGCUUAUAUUAGCCUUAUUGAUUAGUCCAUCUGCUGACAAUUUCUAUAACAUAGACUGCCUGGAUGUAUAUUUAAUAAAAUAAUUAAAAAGUUAUUUUAAGCUUUGACACUAUUGAAACAUAGAUUAUGUACUAUUAAAUGUGCUACUCUUCCCAGCUAACACAGACAUCAAAUUGUCACAAUUGUCAGGAAUUCUGUAUUCUGAUCUCUUGUUAUAUUAUGAUUUUCAUUCAGCCAGAUUUAUUAUACAGAAUUGUAAUAGAUAUAAGAAUUUCAUUUUUUUUUUAAAUAGGAAUUUCAAUCAAACAGUAAUAUUCUAUAGAGGAUAGCACUAAAUUAUAGAAUGUAUGGGAUCAUAUAUUCUGUACACCAGUCCAUUUAAGGUGGAUAUAAGCCAUUUAUUUAACUAAAAAACAGAAAACAAAAAAAUUCCCCUUUUUGAAAAUAUAAGUCAUAUAUUUUGCCUUGUUUAAAAAUGAUAAUAUCGACUCCCUGAAGUUUCUUUCUAUAUAUUUCAUUGUGUUUUUAUUGAUGCCUCAUUUUGUAAGUUUGAGACAAAAUGAUCGUUAUAGCAACAACAGAAAGCAAGAAAGCAAGUCUGGAUGCGACAUUUUUCAGUGACUUUAUUUGUGCAUCAUGGCUGCCACCCUGAUGCUUCUAUGCAAAUAUAUAUGUAGACUCACCUCAUGAUGGUAAUGCUAAGGAAUGUAAUGUUGUGAAGGACAGUCCUGCGUAGUAAUGGCUGAUAGUGCUGUCUUAGGCAAUGUCUACACUAAUGCAGAUGAAUAGAAAAUGUGGUGUUUUCUCUUCGUUGGGUUUACACCCAUUCGUGGUAAUUAGAGCUUUUUUACUGACACAUCUGAAUUACUGUGGACAUAGCCUUAGACAACACAUUCUAUAAGUGACCCUAAAGUACAAAUGUCAAUCAAUUUUUUAAAUAAAAACUAUGACAACUAAACUACCUAUCACCCCAGUGCAUUAACAUGGACAGAGCUGUUCAGUUAGAAAUAAUUUAGAGGAUUAAUUCAUACUGUAACACAAGCUGGAGUAUCAACAUAGAAUCUUUCAUUAACAUAUGAUACUUUGUCAGCGAUGUCUAAAGUCAUUACUCUAUCUGACUAAACUAAGAUCAUUGACAGGUGUUCAUAAGAGCAGCACAACCUUACUUUUUUAGCUUUAUAUCAAUUUUAUAGAAAUGUUAUGAAGACAUCAGCAUUCAGUACAGUAUGUGACUAUGCUGAGACAGCUGUAACCCUUUAAAGUGUGUCACUUGAAACUGCUGUCACAUUACAGAUUAAAAAUAUUUUGUGUCGAUCUGUCAGUGGAAAAGAAUUUUAUCAAUAAAAUCUGAUAAUUUACAGAA